CCUGGAAUUGAAGCAGUUGGCCAUCAGGAAAAGUGUAAGACAGGAGCACAAGAGGUGAGCAGUGAGAGAGAAGUGCUGAGCAGGGGGUCAGCAUACAUCUCUGAUCUCUCUCUCCUUAAGUUUGUCCCCAAGAAUGGCGUCUCUUCUCCCUCUUCAGACCGCUUCUCAGUCCUUUUACUCCCAUCGACCUUAUUUCACCUGCUCCAUACGGUCACACUCUACUAAUCCUGUCGCGGCAUUCAAGGCGAAGCCCAUAUCUCUCAACGCCCCUCUUGUUUCUUUGGUCGAAGAUUCUUCUCCUGCUUCACCAGACGUUGUCUCCAUUGAAGCUGAAUCUGCCAUUGAAGAUGCAGACAAGUUCCUUCUGAGGCACAUACUGUUAUCCCAACUGGGGCUCAUUUAUAGGGCGUGUAAGGCUUGUGGGAGAGAGGAACUAGAGAAGGGCUGCAAUGGCGAGGGAAGGAUUCAAGGGGGAAUAGCAACAGUCCCUGGUUUUGGCUGGUGGCCCAUAAAAGCGUACAGGCCUUGUCCUGGGUAUGUGGCAUCUGGUGGUAAGUACAGGCGACGUGGGCAAAACAUGGACGAGGUUGCCUUUGGAGGUGGCAGAAGAGAACCUUCAGUGAUCAGCACUGAUGAGGUUCCAGCAAGCAAAGAGAGGCCAAAUCCAAGGAGAUUCAAAACGUAAGAAUUUAAGGAGAGAUCUUUCAAUUACAUGUGGUUCAUUCAAGGGCAGGUGAGCUUAUUGCUGUGUUCGAGGGUGUACAACUGGGAUGAAAUGAGCUUGAAUCAUCUUGAAAGUGUUUUUAAGUGGAAGUAGUGGAAAGAAAAAGAGAAGAAUGAAAUCAAACUUUCACCUGAUCUUGUUGUAUUUCAUAAACUGUAACUACACUCUAGGAACAAAUUUUUUUAUGGCAGUCUUGUAUAUUCUUACAGGAUUUCCUUUGGCUUUU